CAUGUUGCAUUUUAGAGUACGGUAGAAUAUGAGCGGUACUUUUAGUCUGACAUGAUAUUAUAGUGAAAUUCCUCUUCGACGCAUCCCGCUCGAAGUUUAUGGACGGUCCGAAGUUAACGUGUCUUUGAACGGAACUACAGGUAAAGUAAAACGAAAAUGCCUUUGCACGGGAAGAUAGUCGUGAUCAAGAGGAGUGGAGGCGAUGGCACCGAGUUUCCUCUCACUGCCACAUGCAUGUUCGGAAGGAAACCUGACUGUGACAUUCGUAUUCAGCUUCCUCAAGUCUCCAAGGAGCACUGCAGAAUUGACCUGAAUGAAAAUAAAGAGGUUGUUUUGACAAAUUUGAGCUCAGUGAAUCCGACCCGAAUCAACGGGGAGGCUCUGCAGCAGGCUGAGCGUUUGAAGCAUGGAGAUGUGAUAACAGUUAUUGACCGUUCUUUCAGGUUUGAGUAUCCUCCAGCACCAACACCAAAGAAGAGAGCUUCCGCAGGAGGCAAAACUGAAACCCUCAAAGUUCUUCAGGAUCAGCAAGUGGUGGACACUCUCACCGUUGAAACAGGAGAUAAGAAGCUCUCUGAAGUGUUCACAGAUGGAGCUAAUCAUGACAACAUCCGAAGAACCCUGGACAACACAGUGGAGGUGGAGUCCAAGGAGGAUGUCACCCAGUUGCAGAACAAGACCAACUCCCCAUUCAGUGAUCUGUAUCAAAUGAUCAAAAAGUCUCUGGAUGUCAAGACCCCUCGGAAGUCUUCUGCCAGUUUGCUUCAAACUCCUGCCUCGAAGUUUUGUACCCCACAACCUGCGUCUGUCAGGAAAAGUGAGGUGAAACCUGUCAUUUUCAAAGAAGACCAAGGCACUCCUAAGAUGAAGAAGGAGGCUAAAGUAACUCCUGAAGCUGACAAAAUCAAGGGGCAAGAUGAGAGUUGUAAUCCUGAGACCCCAAAGUCUGUGAAGAAGCAGAGGAAGGCAUCCUUAACAUCUUCUGAGAAUCCCGGACCUGCAGCUGAAGAAGUUGAUCAUGUGAUCAAGUCUGAAACAACUUCACCUCAGAGGAGAACGCGUGUAACCCCCCAGAAGUUCACUGCAGCUGAGGUUAUGAAGCAGGUUUGUGUUGAAACUCCAAAGUCACCUGUGAGAAGAAGCAGCAGGGAGACCACACCAGUUAAAUCAGCAGUGACUGCUGUCGAACCAGAGCCCGUUCAGAGGAAAUCACCAAGGAACUCGGGGAAAGCUGAACAAGUAGAUGAGACGACCAAAAAGCGCAAAGGUGGAAAACUUGCGGCUGACUUGCCCACAUCACAGAUGAAGAGGAAGCGUGUUUCCUUUGGAGGUGCCCUGAGCCCAGAGUUGUUUGAUAAACGACUUCCUCCCAACUCUCCAUUAUGCAAGGGAGCCUUUCCACGGAGAAGCUUGUGUCUGAAUAAGCCCAAAGAGUCGCUCCUGAGACGAGCAUCAGUCAUAGGACUCUUGAAGCCUAAGGCCUCUUCACCUGGAAAGAAGUCUCCGAACUCAAGGUCCUCUUCUCCCAAGGCAGCAUCUCCUGGAAAAAAAUCGCCAAAGUCAGCAACUCCUGCAAAGAAAUCCCCCAAAACCCCAUCUCCUGUAAGAGGAAGUUCUCCCACAGUGCAAGGGCGCUUCUCUGUGUCCCGCAUCAGCACGCCAUCUCCAGUGACUGAAGACUCUGUCACAUGUACCCCGAAAAUACCUCUGAAUAGGAAGAGCAUGAAGAGCACCUCAAGAAAGACCCCAAUUAUCGGCAAGAGCGCUGUAAAAGGGAUCCGCAGGAGUGGCAUCUCACGGGCCUCUAUGAAAGUGAAAAAUUCCUGGGUGGACAUUGUGAAAUUUGGUCAACCUAAGGCUCAAGUGAUUGCUCCAGUUAUAAAGAUGGUCACCAAAAAGACCACAAAGAAGAUUGUGUCCAAACCACAGACACCUGCAAGAAACAUCAAAGGCCACGUCAGCACGGGACACGCAGAUUCACCUGCUACCAUCAUCGUGGGCAGAGCGCACACACAGAGCGUCUUACAACCAACUGGGGCUGCUCCAAGAGUGGUCACCAAUAUUGCACUCUUAAAAAAGAACAUGAAAAUGGACGAGGACUUGACUGGAAUUUCUCAGAUGUAUAAAACCCCAGUAAAUGAAAAGAAGACGAGAUCUGGCAUUAACAAAAGGGUUGAUGUGACACCAGUGGCAGUUCUGGGCACAACUGUGGUCGAACCAUCAAUUCUGAACACACCAGAGGGGCCAGGGGAAAUGGUGGUUUCUCCACUGAAUCUGGCAUCUACAGUGAAAGACAGAAGUUACAACAGUGAAGCAGUUCAACGCCUCCUUAAUGAAGAUAAAGACUCCAGCUUUGUCAGUGUGAUCCCUGCAUUAGAGAUUCCCUCUGAUGAAUCUAGUGAGCAGCAGAGCACCAAGGUGGAGACGAGCCCUGUAAAAACUCCCAAACGGAACCCAGAACAACCCGAGUGUCUGUCUGGAUCGAAGAGGAUCACGAGGACCCCAAAACAAAAACCUGAACCCGUUGAAGACCUGAGGGGGAAGAUUUUGAAAACUCCAAAGCAGAAACCCGAACAACAAGAGUGCCUCACUGGAGUGAAGAGAAUCAUGAAGACUCCCAAACAGAAGAUUGAACAGCAAGAGUGCUUGACUGGAGUUAAGAAAAUCUUUGAGACCCCACAAAAGGAAGCUGAACCUCUUGAAGAACCUCAGGAGACACCAGCACAUGUGCAAGAAUCAGAGGACCUGUCUGAAAUGGCUGACGUUAAAACUCUGAAUGCAAAGAGCUCUCCUGUGCUGUGUGUAGAAACAGAACUAGACUUUGCCAAUGAGGAUCUACAAGAAGACAAACCAUCAGAUGUGAUCGAAGUGGUUCCCCAGGUUGACACAGUAAAAGAAGCUGUCUCAGAUGAGGUUGUCAACGACACGAAAGAGGAGCCAAGUGAAAAGGAGUCAUCAGAUAUCAUGGAAACCAUCUCUCAGGCAGCUGAAGAUGAGAGUUCACCUGAGGAACAACCAGAAGUGAACGCAGUUGUGGAGGAAGAACCCGAAGUGGACGCAGUUGUGGAGGAAGAACCCAAAGUGGACGCAGUUGUGGAGGAAGAACCCAAAGUGGACGCAGUUGUGGAGGAAGAACCCGAAGUGGACGCAGUUGUGGAGGAAGAACCCAAAGUGGACGCAGUUGUGGAGGAAGAACCCAAAGUGGACGCAGUUGUGGAGGAAGAACCCGAAGUGGACGCAGUUGUGGAGGAACAACCCAAAGUGGACGCAGUUGUGGAGGAACAACCCAAAGUGGACGCAGUUGUGGAGGAACAACCCAAAGUGGACGCAGUUGUGGAGGAACAACCCAAAGUGGACGCAGUUGUGGCUCCUGUUCAAGAGAAGAAGCCUGUCCGAGGGCGAAGAGCAAAAACUGUGGAACCUGAGGCAGUUGAGGAUAAACAAGAUGCAGCACAACAUUCUGAGGAGCCUGUCACCCCUGCUCCAGUCAGAGGGAAAAGAGGGAAGAAGACUGAAACCCCAGCUCCAUCUACUGUUCAAAAGAAGACAAGAAGCCGAAACGCAAAAACCACUGAAAGCAAUGAUGCUGAUCUCACAGUGGAAGAAAACGCCUCUCAGCCUCCAAAAAUUGAAUCCAAGCCUAAAAGAGGAAGAAACGCUAAAAAGGCGUCCGAUGAUCAAGCUGAAUUGGUUGCUACUGAAACCGAAAAUGCACCAGAGGCUGAGUGCGAACAGAUCCCUGCAGUUGAAGUCGACCACAAAGCAGAUGAGAGUGCAGCUCAAGAGAAAGCUGCUCCGAAGCUGAAGCGAGCGAGAAAACCAAAACAAGAAACUGAACCCUCUCAGCCAGAGCAGCAGGAUGUAGCAAAGGAGCAUUCAGAGGAUCCUGUGGUCCCUGCUCCAGUCAGAGUAAGAAGAGGGAAGAAAACCGAAGCCACUGCAGCACCUGCUGUCCGACAAACGACAAAAACCAGAAAUGCCAGGUCUCAAGGAAACGCCUCUGAUGAUAAACCUGAAGCUGCCCCAGAGACAUCACUGGAAAUGCAACCUGAGAUCCCCUCUGAAGCUGAGAGUGAGCAGACUGCUCCCCCUGCAGAGGAAGCUGUAGUAAAGCCGGUUCGAGGGAGAAAAACAAAACCAACACCUGUUGCGCCUUCUCAGUCAGAGCCGGAGAGUGCUGAAGUGAGUGAUGAGCCUCAACAGCAUAUUCCUACUGCUGCAAUAACCAGAAGAGGCAGAAAGAUCAAAUCUGACACCACUGAACAAACUGGGGCUGCAGAAGACACAUUGGUUACUGUGGAGACCAAGCAGGAGUCUCAGCCCCCAGUCAGGGUAAAGAGGGGAAGAAACGCCAAACAGGAGGAGGAAAAGCAAGCGACCUCUGAUGUCCAAGAGCCAGUUAAAAAACCAACAAGAACCAGGAAAACUAAGGAAGAACUUGUAAAACCAAAGGAAGAAGAAAUCAAAACUGAUGAAACAGUCGUCCCCGAGGAGGCUGAAUCUUUGUUUGUUGUUAAACCACUGGAGAUGAAUGAGCAGGCUCCUGUCACUGAAAAAAAGACCAGGAGAGUAGGGAAAAAAGCCAAACAAGCCGCUGAAAGUGAAACAACUGUGGAGUCCACUGAGGUCGAAGAAGUGCCUGCUGUCAAACCCAAGCGAGGCAGGAGAGUAAAAGAAGCUACUGAAGUUGUUGCUGAAGUACCAGAGGCUGAAGAGAAAACUGCUGAGCCAGACGCUCCAGUUGUUAAACCCACAAGGGCAAGAGGUGUGAAAACUGUGAAAAAUCAAGUCUCAGAAGUCAUUCCAGCCAAAAGAGCACGUCGGGUUGCUGCAACUCUCCCUGAGGACACAGAAUCCACAGCCCUGGAUUUCUCUGUUCCAGCUGCAGAGCCGGCUAAGAGGGGGAAACGUACUGCAGCUAAGUCCAAAGCAGAUGAAUUGAUGGUGAGCAGCGAUCAGGUGAAUACAUCAGAAGCAUUAACCAGCGCGGUUACAGAAGACGUCAAAGGGUCCAAAAGGUCUGUGAAGGGGAAAGCAGAUCGUGAGGUCCUCCAGAUUCCAAAAGCAACACCUGUCAAAGCUGUGCGUGGAAAGAAGUCCAAACUGGUUGACGCUGAGAGCACAAACGCGUCACACGAUGCCGACAAAACUGAAGAGAAGGAUCUCUCAGAGGAAGUUGUUGAAGCUCAGCCCAUCAAGAGAGCCAGACGAGUGAAGGUCACUGAAGAAACAGUGGAUCCCAAGAAAGAUGCUGAAGCUGAGACACAACCCAAAACCCGCAGAGCAAGAACAACAAAGAAAUAAAGGCAUAUGUGUUUAUAUUUAGUCAAAUUACAUUUUUCUCUUUUAUACAUUUUGUAUUUGUGAUGUUUUAUAUUAUUUUUAGAGAGUAGUUUUAUUAGGAAAUCGAGCACUAGAUUUUUUUUUUUUAUUAUUGAAAUCUGCAGGGAAUCUUGUCUUAACCAUUUUUAUAAGUUGUACGUUAUUCAGUAUCGAUCUUAAAACAAUUUUAACAGUGGGGAAAAUAUGGUCAUUAAAUUUUUUGUACAAUUCAAAAGCUGGUGUGGAUUUUUGAAUAUUCUUCUAUCUGAAUAUGUAAUAUCUGGUACUUCAUGUUUAAAAAGAUUCAUGUUUUAAAAAUAAAUCCUUAAGCCUA